CACUUGUAAACACAAAAUCACUUGCAAAAAUUCCAUAUCCCAUAAAACAAAGUUCUACCACUUGAGGUGUUUCUUCAUUUCCCAACCACCAAAAAUGGCUUCCAUGGCUUUCUCUACCUCCUUCUUCACACCCCUCCAUGAUUUCAGCCAAGCUAGAACAAACCCUAUUGCUCCACUCUCUUCCUCUUUCAUCAAAUCCUCCUUUGCUUCUUCCAAGUCAACUUUUUUUCAUCCUGCCCUUCCUCUACAACCCUCAUCCAAUUUUCCCAGGCUUUUUGUAAAGCCCAGGUCUUUCUCAGUUCUUGCAAGAGCUGCCACAGAAAAAACCAUUUAUGAUUUUACUGUCAAGGAUAUUGACAGGAAAGAUGUUGCUCUUAACAAAUUUAAGGGGAAGGUUCUAUUGGUUGUCAAUGUUGCUUCACGAUGUGGUUUGACAUCAUCCAAUUACUCAGAGCUGUCACGCUUGUAUGAAAAAUAUAAAAAUCAAGGUUUGGAGAUUCUAGCUUUCCCUUGCAAUCAAUUUGGCAUGCAGGAGCCUGGAUCAAAUCAAGAUAUUAAGCAGUUUGCUUGCACUCGAUAUAAAGCUGAAUUUCCAAUUUUUGAUAAGGUUGAUGUGAAUGGACCAUUUACAGCUCCGGUUUACCAGUUUCUGAAAUCAAGUGCUGGAGGCUUUCUGGGUGAUCUUAUUAAAUGGAAUUUUGAGAAAUUCUUGGUUGAUAAAAAUGGUAAAGUUGUUGAAAGAUACCCACCAACAACGUCUCCCUUUCAAAUUGAGCAGUUCUCGCUUACAUUCAUCGCAAGAAGGUUGUAGGUAUUGAACAAACAAGUUAAUUAUUUUCAGCAUACUCGAGUUAAAAUAUAUGCCCUACAUCGGAGAUACUUAAGGCAACAUUUUUCAACGGCUCAAUUAUAGAUAAAGUUACACUCUUCCGGUAAAUUGUAGCACAAGUAAAGCUUCUAAUUGUUGUUAGAACUGCAUCAAACGUUGAUGGGCUACAUCUAUUGAAGACGUUAGGGAGGGAUGUUAAGCCCAAGAAUUUUAGAAGGGAGACAUUUACCAAAUAAAGGAAACAUGUAUGAGAUUACCUUUAGUCUUAAAGCCCUCAAAAUUUAGAAUCAUAUACUACCUUUGUUCCUAUGUAUAAGAUUCAACUUAGAACAAUUAUUUGUUCCUUUAUAUAAGAUUCAAUUUAUAA